UGGCCAGGCCUGCUGGGCUCCGCCUCUUCCCGGUCUAGGGGGCUGCCAGGGACUGACGGACAGACCUACAGACAGACAGACGGAUGGACAGCACCCUAAUGGCCACUCCAGGAGAACCGAGCAUGGGACCUGGAGUCUGGAACCAGACGGAGCCUGAGCCCACUGCUGACAGUGUGCUGAGCCUGUGCUUCCUGAAAACAGCAGGAGUCUGGGUGCCCCCCAUGUACCUCUGGGUCCUCGGCCCCAUCUACCUCCUCUACAUCCACCGCCAUGGCAAGGGCUACCUCCGCAUGUCCUCCCUGUUCAAGACCAAAAUGGUGCUCGGGUUCACCCUCAUAAUCCUGUUCACCUCCAGUGUGUCUGUCACUCUUUGGAGAAUCCAGCAGGGGAGGCCCCAGGCCCCAGAAUUCCUCAUUCACCCCACCGUGUGGCUCGCCACUACGACCUUUGCAGUGUUCCUCAUCCAUGUGGAGAGGAAGAAAGGGGUCCAGGCGUCUGGGGUGCUAUUUGGGUACUGGCUGCUCUGCUGUCUCUUGCCAGCCAUCAGUGCCGCCCAGCAGGCCUCGCAAGAGGGCUUCCAGAGCGACCCCUUCCGCCACCUGUCUACCUACCUGUGCCUGUGUCUGGUGGUGACCCAGUUUGUGCUGUCCUGCUUGGCUGAUGGACCCCCAUUCUUCCCCAAAGAACCCCCACAGUCUAAACCAUGUCCUGAGGCUGGGGCCUCCUUUCCCUCCAAGGCCAUGUUCUGGUGGGUUUCUGGGCUGGUCUGGAGGGGCUACAAGAGGCCACUGGGACCAAAAGACCUGUGGUCACUUGGGAGAGAGAACUCCUCAGAAGAACUUGUUUCCCAGCUGGAAAGGGCGUGGACAAGGAACCGCAGUGCAGCCCAGCGGCACACGGAGAGGGCAGCGUUUGAAGGGAAAGGAAGCCUCCACCACGGCCAGGACGCCUCCGAGACCGAGGCCUUCCUACAGCGGAAAGGGAGCAGGCGGGGCCCGCUGCUGAGGGCCAUCUGGCAGGUCUCCCGCUCCACCUUCCUCCUGGGGACCCUCAGCCUUGUCAUCAGUGACGUCUUCAGGUUCACUGUCCCCAAGCUCCUCAGCCUUUUUCUGGAGUUUAUCGGCAAUCCCGCGGCUCCAGCCUGGAAGGGCCACCUGAUCGCAGUGCUGAUGUUCAUCGCCGCCUGCCUGCAGACGCUGUUCGAGCAGCAGCACAUGUACAGACUCAAGGUGCUGCAGAUAAGGCUGCGAGCGGCCAUCACCGGCCUGGUGUACCGGAAGGUCUUGGCUCUGUCCAGCGGCUCCAAAAAGACCACCGCCGUUGGGGACGUGGUCAACCUGGUGUCUGUGGAUGUGCCGAGGCUGACCGAGAACAUCCUCAACCUCAAUGGGCUGUGGCUGCCGCUCGUGUGGAUCGUCGUCUGCUUUGUUUAUCUGUGGCAGCUCCUAGGACCCUCUGCCCUCACGGCCAUCGCUGUCUUUCUGAGCCUCCUCCCUCUGAAUUUCUUCAUCACCAAGAAGAGGAACCACCAUCAGGAAGAGCAGAUGAGGCAGAAGGACUCUCGGGCACGGCUUACCAGCUGCAUCUUCCGAAACAUGAGGACGGUCAAGUGCCACGGCUGGGAAGGGGCCUUUCUGGACAGAGUCCUGCGCAUCCGGGGCCAGGAGCUGGGUGCCCUGAGGACCUCUGGACUCCUCUUCUCUGUGUCUCUGGUGUCCUUCCAAGUGUCCACGUUUCUGGUGGCGCUGGUUGUGUUUACUGUCCAUACUUUGGUGACUGAGGAGAAUGCCAUGGACGCCGAGAAAGCCUUUGUGACCCUCACGGUUCUCAACAUCCUCAACAAGGCGCAGGCUUUCCUGCCCUUUUCCAUCCACUCCGUUGUCCAGGCCCGGGUGUCCUUUGACCGUCUGGCCACCUUCCUCUGCCUGGAAGAAGUUGACCCUGAGGCUGUGCACUCAAGUCCCUCCAGAUGCUGUGAGUGCCGAGCUGCCAGGGAGGAUUGCAUCAGUGUGCAAGAAGGCACCUUUGCUUGGUCCCAGGAGAGCCCGCCCUGCCUGCACAGGAUAAACCUCACCGUGCCACAGGGCUGUCUGCUGGCUGUCGUUGGUCCUGUGGGGGCUGGGAAGUCCUCCCUGCUCUCUGCCCUCCUCGGGGAGCUGUCAAAGGUGGAGGGGUCCGUGAGCAUCAAGGGUCCUGUGGCUUAUGUGCCCCAGGAGGCCUGGGUCCAGAGCUCGUCUGUGGUGGAGAACGUGUGCUUCAGGCAGGAGUUGGACCCACUGUGGCUGGAGAGAGUCCUGGAGGCCUGUGCUCUGUGGCCGGAUGUGGGCAGCUUUCCUGCGGGGGUCCACACCCAAAUUGGGGAGCAGGGCAUGAAUCUCUCUGGGGGCCAGAAACAGCGGCUGAGCCUGGCCCGGGCCGUGUAUAGGAAGGCCGCCGUGUACCUGCUAGAUGAUCCCCUGGCGGCCCUGGAUGCCCAUGUCGGCCAGCACGUCUUCAACCAGGUCAUUGGGCCCAGUGGGCUGCUCCAGAAAACAACACGGAUUCUCGUGACCCACGCCCUCCACGUCCUGCCACAGGCUGAUUGGAUCGUGGUGCUGGAAGAUGGGGCCAUUGCAGAGAUGGGUUCCUACCAGGAGCUUCUGAACAGGAAAGGGGCUCUGGUGGCCCUUCUGGAUCGAGCCAGACAGCCAGGAGAUAGAGAAGAAGGAGAAACAGAACUCACAACCAGCACUGAGGACCCCAGAGGGUCUGUUGGAAGCGGGAGGCCCGUGCGUGGACCAGAGAGGUCCCUGAAGUUAAUCCCUGAGAAGGACAGCGCUGCUGCGGAGGCCCAGACAAGGGCUCCCCUAGGGGACCCUGACAGGGCAGGCCCGCCAGCCGGGAAGGACAGCAUGCAGCUUGGCAGGGUGAAGGCCGCCAUGUACCUGACCUACGUGCGAGCUGUGGGCACCCCACUCUGCCUCUACGCACUCUUCCUCUUCUUCUGCCAGCAAGUGGCCUCCUUCUGCCGCGGCUACUGGCUCAGCCUAUGGGCGGACGACCCCACCGUGGGCGGGCGGCAGACACAGGCGGCUCUGCGCGGCUGGGUCUUUGGGCUCCUGGGGUGCCUCCAAGCUGCAGGGCUGCUCGCCUCCAUGGCCACAGUGAUCCUCGGGGGCAUCCGGGCCUCCAGCCUGCUCUUCCAGAGGCUGCUGUGGGAUGUGGCACGGUCUCCCAUUGGCUUCUUUGAGCAGACGCCCGUCGGGAACCUGCUGAACCGCUUCUCCAAGGAGACGGACAUAGUAGAUGUGGACAUCCCUGACAAACUCCGGUCCCUGCUGAUUUACACCUUUGGGCUCCUGGAGGUCAGCCUGGUGGUGACAGUGGCCACCCCGCUGGCCGUCAUGGCCAUCCUGCCACUGCUGCUCCUCUACACUGGGUUUCAGAGCCUGUACGUGGCCACCUCGUGCCAGCUCAGACGCCUGGAGUCAGCCAGGCACUCCUUCGUGUGUUCCCACGUGGCAGAGACAUUCCAGGGCGGUGCAGUGGUCAGAGCCUUCCGGGCCCAGGGCUCCUUCAUGGCUCAGAACAAUGCCCACAUGAAUGAAAGCCAGCGAGUCAGUUUCCCACGGCUGGUGGCUGACAGGUGGCUCGCUGCCAAUCUGGAGCUCCUGGGGAACGUGCUGGUGUUUGCCGCUGCCGUGUGCGCUGUGCUGAGCAAGGCCCAUCUCAGCGCCGGCCUCGUGGGCUUCUCUGUCUCCGCCGCCCUCCAGGUGACCCAGACGCUGCAGUGGGCUGUUCGCAGCUGGACAGACCUGGAGAGCAGCAUCGUGUCGGUGGAGCGGAUGGAGGACUAUGCCCGGACACCCAAGGAGGCACCCUGGACGCUGCCUACCUGUCCAGCCCAGCCGCCCCCCUGGCCUCAUGGGGGGCAAAUUGAGUUCCGGGACUUGGGGCUGAGGCACCGACCUGAGCUCCCACUGGCUGUGCGAGGUGUGUCCUUCAAGGUCCACGCAGGAGAGAAGGUGGGCAUCGUUGGCAGGACGGGGGCCGGGAAGUCCUCCCUGGCCGGGGGCCUGCUGCGGCUCCUGGAGGCAGCUGAGGGUGGGAUCUGGAUCGACGGGGUCCCCAUCGUCCACGUGGGGCUGCACACGCUGCGGUCCAGGAUCACCAUCAUCCCCCAGGACCCCAUCCUGUUCCCCGGCUCUCUGAGGAUGAACCUGGACAUGCUGCAGGAGCACACAGACGAAGCCAUCUGGGAGGCCUUGGAGACGGUGCAGCUCAGAGCCUUGGUGGCCAGCCUGCCCGGCCAGCUGCAGUACAAGUGUGCCGACCAAGGCGAUGACCUCAGUCUGGGCCAGAAGCAGCUCCUGUGUCUGGCACGUGCCCUUCUCCGGAAAACCCAGAUCCUCAUCCUGGACGAGGCCACGGCCGCCGUGGACCCGGGGACGGAGCUCCAGAUGCAGGCCGCCCUGGGGAGCUGGUUUGCCCAGUGCACAGUGCUGCUCAUUGCCCACCGCCUUCGCUCCGUGAUGGGCUGUGCCAGGGUGCUGGUCAUGGACAAGGGGCAGGUGGUGGAGAGUGGCAGUCCUGCCCAGCUGCUGGCCCAGAAGGGCCUGUUUUACAGGCUGGCACAGGAGUCAGGCCUGGUCUGAGCCCAGACCCCUCAGCCCUCCUGCCACGCCAACCCGGACAGACGUGCGAUGCCCUGGAAAUACAAGAGACCUGGGGGUCAUCAGUGGCACUGUGGUUUUUGGUCCAGACCCCUCUCUGCUCUCUGGGGGCGGAGCGGGGGAGAAUGGCAGGGAAAGUGGACGCUCAACCAUGACAGACCGGGAGGAUGCAGCAACCCCCAAGGCUGGCCUGACCAGAGCCCAUCCAGCCUUGUCCACCCUGGAGCCGGAGUGGACAGUGGCUCUCAGCCCUGGCUGCCCACUGGACUCACUCUCGGACCACAGGACCUGCCCGCACCCAGGCUUCACAGCAAAUCGAUGAAAUCAUUAUCCUUGGGACUGAGGCAAUGCUGUGUGUACUUUUCCAAAUUAACCCUUAUUUUGAGAUGACUAACUGCAGACUGACAAGCAGUUGUAAGAAAUAAUCCACAGAAGGCCCAUGUGCCCUUUCCCUGUUCCCCCCAAAAGCAAUGCCUUGAAAAACGCUAGUACGAUAUCACACCCAGAUGUGAACAUUGGUACAAUGCACCGAUCUUGCUCAGAUUUCCCAUUUCACUUGUACUUGUGUGUGUGUGUGUGUGUGUGUGUGUGACUUCUGCACAGUUGUGUCACAUGUAUGGGCGGCAUUCACCACAGCUGGGAUGCUGAACGCUUCCAUCACCACGAUGACCCCUGGGCUUGCUAUUUUGUCACCGCACCCCUCCCUCCCACCCCCACAACCCCUGGUGAGUUCUCCCUUUCGGUAUACCGUGCAGUUUUAGAGCUCCCCACAUGACUCCAACACGCCCUGGGACUCUUGCUGCUCCUCCCACCCUUGCACAUGAGCCCCAAGGGGCAUUUUGCUCACAUUGGACACACGAGCCACGACCCACACCAGGAAUGGGUCCCUCCAGGCACAAGCUCCCACCAGCAGGUGCUGUUACCAAGGGGAGAGGGGAGGAGCUGGGAUGUGGCCCCCACCAGAAGAAUCUGUUCAGGACUUGGCACGUGCCGUGCAUUUGUUUGUUUAAGACCAAAUUCCGGGCUUCUCCAGGGAGCCCCAAAAGUAGCCUGGGCAUUUCUGUUCAUGUCUGCUCCCGAGGGGGCCGUGUGGGAGAUGCUGUUGGAGGUCAGAGGUCAGGGAUAGUAAAGGUCCAGCACCUGCUUCCAUGAAGGACAGUGUACAGCGUGUACAUCCAGCCUAUUUCUGACAGCAGUCACGAUUCUAACGUGAGGCUCAUCAAACCAGCCUCAGGCACCAGGACAGGGAAUACCCCAGGUCCUUCACAGACCCCAAGGUGUUGCUACAGGGAUAAAGUAAUACAUGGAAAUGUGUUCAGAGCUAAGGUGGGCACAAAGUAAGUGCUCAACAAACGUUCACUGUUACCACUACUGUUGCAUUUGCGAGCCUCUGUGGGCAGCAGAGAGAUGUGCACCAGGAUUUCUUUAACCAUCACUAGCAACAUGCGGGGUAGAGGGUUCUGUUGUGGGGCCGCCCUGUGCACUGCAGGGUGUUUAGCAGCGUCUCUGGCCUCCACCCUCUAGAUGCCAGUAUGCCCUUACCUCCAGUUGUGUAUAAAACCAUCUCCAGACCCUGCCAAAUCACCUGCUGAGAGUCACUGGGCUAACCUGAUCCACCGCCAUCAAUAAUCCACUGAUGCUCGGGCGACAGCUGUGUUGGUGUGUCAGGAGGGGCCUGUGGACCCCCACCUGCCUGCCAGGACACAAAGCCUGCUCUGUCUCAGUCAGAUCACGGGGACUUUCUAAUGGAAAGUCCUGACGCAGGUUUUCAGCCCAGAGUAAUCUAGAUUUAAUUGCAGCUUCUACCUCCCUUUGCCAAGAUGUGGCCACAAGCACAUUUUGAUGACCUCAAAUUCAGAUAGGGAGUCUAUACAUGCCUUGCUGGUCCCCUGUCAUGCCUAGAAAGUACUGGUUCCCCAUUACUAGCUCCAUUUGCAGAUGAGGAAACUGAGGCUCAGAUGGUUGAUGUGACCUGCCAAGGUAACCCCCAGUUAGUAAGUGGCAGACUGGGGAUCUGCCCCUGGAGUUAUCCAACACCAAAGUCCAACUCAUCCCAUGGCAGUUGUCUGUCCAACUUGGAGGCACGGAGCGGGCCCAGACAUAGCACUUCUCGUUUCUCUGACAGGAGCCGAGCCACCCGACAUCCCGGCACAGACCGCAGGCAAAGGCAGCAGCAGCUGCAUAUUUGGCAAACUCACUUGGGAUCGCUCCAGGGUCACAAAGCCUACUUUCACGGAGGGAGGUGGUUUGCCAGGGAGCAGAGUGUGGGCCACAGGAGCCAGUGCCCACGAGAGCCUGCUAACAAGGCUGCUGCUGGCCCACACCAGUGCUCCUGGGAGACUGGCCUGCACGCCAUCCAGACCAUUAAUCCCCCUGCUGUGGGCUCCUGCCAGCAGGCUGGCGAGUGAGACACAGAUCCAGGAAAGCCACACACAGACCUCCCUGGUCAGUGCCUCUCAGUAGGCCCUUAACCGCACCCAUGUGCCACUGAUCACUGUGAGCCCACACAAAGCCCGGCUGUAAACGCCUUCAGGUAAUCCUCACCCCAGGGGAGGGUGGUGCUGUCAUUCUGCACACCACUAGGACGCAUUGGUGAGGACGUGCUAUCAUUGGGCAGCUUUCACAGAGAGAAAGCUAAGAGAUUAAGUAGGGACUGAGCCAGGUGGUCCCGUGCCAGAGUACAUGUCCCAACCACUGGGCAAUGCUGCCUCUCAAACACCUUUUCAGUUCUAGAAUACCAGGUCAUUGAUACAGAUGGAAUUUCCUAGAACCCCAUCAGAAGAGAAGGGCUCCCAUAAUUUACUGAGCCGGGGCAUUUGUGCAUUCUCCCCAACACGUCACCCAGUGCAGAGCAUGCAAGAGGACUCAAUAAAUGCCAAAUGCUUGACUAAAUGAACGGAAGGAUGGAUAGAUGGUCAAAAACAUGAGUGAGUGGCAUGACCACAUCUGAAGGUGCCCUGAGGGUGGGACAUGGUGCUGGGUGCUUUCCCCCGAUCUGGGUGCUUUCAUCCUCACAACUACCCAGCCAGGUGAACGCGAUGGUCUCGGUCACACCAGUGAGGAAGCUGCAGCUCCUGAGAAUCAAGCUCUACAGCCCCAGUGACAUCACACUUGGCCAAGGGCUGGCACAGAGGGUUCAGUCCAGACCAGAAAGUGCAGUCACUGAGCACAUGCUGUGUGUCUCUGCUCCAGAGUGGGGAUUCAGCAAAGAAUAAACAGAUUCGUGCCCUCCUCUCACAGAGCUGCCAUCAUCAAAUACAGAAUGGAGCAAGCAAAGCUGACAUCUGGGCAGAGGGAGGCCCUGACACAGGACUGCGCCCCACACGCUAGAACAGCAGAGAGGUGUGUGUGGUUGGACUGGCCUGAGUGGUGGCCAGUGGGGCCAGCUGAGGGCAGAGGUCGCAGGAAGCCAGGUUGUGCAGGGCCUGAGGCCAGGCUAGCUGCUGCCCCAAGAUGGGGACCACAGCAGGAUUGUGAUGUCUGCUUUCACAUCAUCACUACGGCUGCUUGGUGAACAGACUGAGUGUGGGGGGAGGGGCUGGCCAGCAGCAGAGGCAGGAGACCACUGAGCUGGCUGCCGUAGGCACGGAAGAGACAGCUGAUAUGUGGGCACCAGUGUGGCAGCAACGGGAGGAAUGAGAGGUGGUCAGAUCCUGUAUGUUUUGGCUGAUU